AUGACGGCUGAAAAAUUAAUUGAAAUUGAAAGUCUGAAUAAAGAAGCCCAAGAAUUAAUUCGAGAGAGUAUUGAAGCCCGAAAAAUGGCUUAUACACCUUACAGUAAUUUUAAAGUUGGCGCAGCUUUAAGGUGCAACGACGGAACAAUAAUCCGCGGAUGCAAUAUAGAAAAUUCAUCAUUUGCAGCUACCAUUUGUGCUGAGCGAACGGCAAUCUCCAAAGCGAUCUCCGAUGGGAAACUUAAAUUUCAAGCAAUCGCUGUUGCCGCUGACAUGACCCGACAAUGA